AUACCAUGCAGACGGCGGUCCACUGGUGUGCGAAUCCACCCCCUCUACCCCUGCUGGCAUACGCAGGAGACGGUGAGAUCCAUUUUCCCUUUCUUUCUCGGCGUUCUUCUGCAGGCGCCUCUUACGCCCUCGGAGGGCCUUUUACCACUACUAAUAACCCGACAACAUCCCUCCGCCAACUUCUCACUCCUCCCGUCUCUUCUUUCUUGUCAUCAACACUUGUAUACAUUCGAGACACUCAUCAGCGUUGCCCGCCUGUAGGCUUUUUGUGCUUCGUCAAGCCUUGAUCCGAUAUUACACAUGGAGAACUCUCAGGGUUGAACCAAGCACUCAACCUUCACACAGACAUUGAGAUUCCCCACCGAGCCGCCUUGCUCACCUUUACCUUCCUACUGAGAACAAAGAACGAAGCAAAACAGAAAAACAAUGGCGUUAAGGUAUGUGGCUGCAGUCGAGAUGUUGGUCAUGUCUCUUCUCUUCCCUCUCUUGCUACACCCUCCUCCACACCCUCUCUCUACUCCACCGCUCUCGCUUUCUUUAUUUGCUCUUGCCUUUUGGGGAACCUGUGACGAGACCCUCGCCUUGCGGCUCUUGGUUUUCUCUGGUACCGUACGGUACUAUAGUUACGGAGAUAAAAUGCCCCGCACUGACCUUGGCAAGCCAAUACCCCAGCAGCGCAAACAGCGGUUCCACCCAGGCUCCGACAGCCGGUUCAAGCUCAACCGCGGCGUCCUCCCAGUCGCAGCCAUCCCCACAGAUGGUGCAAUAUCUGGCCCAGCCCGCAGCAGAGGAUGGCUCAAUGUACGGACGGCUUGCCGAGCAGCCUUUGGCGGGAGAUCCCGCCGGUCGCGUCGGGCAUUACGAGGCGCGCGCUGAGCACGAGAUCAACCGUUUUGACACCCGGUUCCAGCCGUCGCGGCAAUAAAUCUCCCAGACAAAUCCUCCUUCUGACGCAACAUCCGGCAAAGCGCGG